AUGGCCCCUCAUUGCCGUGUCGCCCUCGCUAAGUCGCCCUCCCGUCGCUCAUCCUCUCGUCUCCUACCAUUACCCACCUCGUCGCCAUCACGCUCGCCUCGAGUAGCUCUCCCGUCGACCUUCCUCUCGCCCUUCGCAUCACCCGUCUCUCCCAUCACCCUCGCAUCUGCCCUCCCGUCCCGUCGCCCUCGGUAUCUCCCAUCCUCACCCGCUGCCCUCGCGGCUAUUUCCACCCCUCCCGCAGCUAUUUCCACCCCUCCCGCAGCAAUUUCCACCCCUCCCCGCAGCUAUUUCCUUCUGUCGCGCUACUAUAUCAUCACCUCGCGUUAUUCAAUUCCGUCGCCUACGCAAUCGCGACUCCCGAUUCGUCGAAGAUGCAAUUUCCGUCCUCCCGUGCUGGAGUCUCGUCGCCCUCCUGCCGCUCUCCCGUUGCCUAUCUUGUCGUUCUCAAAAAACCGUUCGUCCUUCGUUCGUCGCCCUGCCGUCGCUUGUCACGACGCCCUGCCUUUUCCCGCACCGUCGCCUCCCGUCGUCCGCUGUGAGGGCCUCCCGUCGCCCUCCCGUCGUCCAUCCCGUCGCCCUGUCGUCGCGCUCACGAUCUCCCCUCCCAUCUCCCUCGCGCUCAUGAUCUCCCCUCACAUCUACCUCGCGCUCACGAUCUCCCCUCCCAUCUCCCUCGCGCUCACGAUCUCCCCUCCCAUCUCCCUCGCGCUCACGAUUUCCCCUCCCAUCUCCAUCGCGCUCACGGUUUCCCCUCCCAUCGCCCUCGCGCUCGCCAUCUCCCCUCCCAUCUCUCGUAUGCGCUCGCCAUCUCUCCUCCCAUCUCCCAUGCCGUAUCCCUCACUAUCUCCCUUUGCUGCCCGUCGCCCUGGCUAUUCCUAG